ACGCGGCGCGCCGCUCGCACGCACCUGUCCCGCCCGCGCCAUGUCCGCCGCGGCCGCGCCACUCCGCGCGUGCGCGCUGCUGCUCUGCCUGCUCGCAGGCAGCCAUCAACUAUCGAUAAAGGAAUUUGUAGUGCCCAGCGCUGUGGAGGUGGGUAAAGAUGCUGAACUGAAAUGUCAGUAUGAACUGAACGCGGAUGAGAAGGAGGUCGCUUUUUUCAUCAAGUGGUGGUGGACGCCGGAGUCUGGUUCCAGUUACGACAAGAAACUCAUAUACCAACGCAUAGCUGGACAUAACCCCGAGACCCAAGUCCGACAUGACAACACUAGCCAAAUAGAGAUGAAAGAAAAUGAUUCCAUCGUGUUAUUGAAUGUGAACCCCGUGGAUUCUGGGACUUAUGAGUGUGAAGUAUCGAACAUCGACGAGAUAAGGAAACAUGAAAAACUUAUUGUUUAUUCAUUAGUAAUAGGUCCUGAAAUAAACUACACGUUAAUAAAUAAUGAAGCAGAGGAUAAAAACGACGAUAUGUUGUUAAUAGAAUGUCAAACUGAAGAUAUCGCACCCAUGCCAGACAUGAGCAUCAUAUUUCAAGGGGAAAAACUGAAUGUAACGAAAAGUAUAGAAGAUAGCGAUAACGAUGGAUUUUAUAACAUACACGCUAACGCCACUGUAAGUACGACAGACAUAGACGUGGGUGAAAUACGAUGCGAGCUCUGGUACACCGCCUUAGAACAUAAGCGGUAUGUCGUCAUCGAGUCAUAUGUGCCUCCAGGCCGCGACGCGUCGUCCACCACUGAGCUACCCGAGGACAAUUCCACCGAGCCGGAUCCUACGCACAACUCCUUGCAAAACUACAGUGACGAUGGCAUUCGGCUACUCUGCUCAUGGACGUUGGUGUCGUUUGCAACAGUUGUGGCGUAUCUAGCAACAUUCAGGCCCUAUCUAUUGUGAUACUAAUUACGUAACUAUGCUAAUAUUAAUAAUUAAGUGUUAAUUUAAUUAAGCUUUACCUAGUAAGUACCUGUACAAUAUUAUCUUCGAUUUACAAUAUUAAUAAAAAUAUACGUAUUGUUGCAAUUAAAAUAUUUUAUUUCAAA